CGUUAUGGGGCCGCCCCUUCCUGACGUCAGCAGGUCCGGAUCUGCCUGUUGGCCCCUCCUCCUCCUGUCAUCCGCUAGUCAUCAUUGGCUGGUGGCGGCUGCUUCCCCUCCUCACAUUACGAUGGUGUCACUAGACCCGGUGUCCCGGUUCAAGGGCUCGUUGCUCGGGGCGCUGCUUGGGGACUGCAUAGGAGGUUUCUUCGAGGGUCACGAAUCGGUAUCCGUCCAAUGGGUGCUGACUGUGUUACAAGACUUAGAGAAGUCGGGUCACGGGGAGCAAGGUGAACCAGAGUCCGGCUGCUGUCUGCAGACUGCAGUGCUUGGCGCAGAGAAUGAUGCCGGUGUCCCGGUUCCGGGGCGCGCUGCUCGGGGCGCUGAUCGGAGAUUGCCUGGGGGCUGUGCACGAGAAUAAGUGGUCGGUGUCUGUCCGGUCGGUGCUAAGGUCUUUGCAGGGCUUGGAGAAGAAUGACAGGAGGGGACAAGUUAUGACGUACACAGACGACACAGCAAUGGCAAGAUCAGUGGUGCGGUCCUUGUUGGAGACUCAUACGUUUAAUGAAAAGGAUCUUGCUCAAAGGUUUACCAGUGAAUACUUCAGUGAUCCGGAUCGUGGGUAUGGCAUGGGAGUAAUUAAUGUGUUUGAAAAGCUUCAGAGUGGAGAGUACUGUAAUGUGUUUACACCAGCUAAGGAGCAGUUUAAUGGGAAGGGAUCCUAUGGUAAUGGAGCAGCCAUGCGAGUAGUCGGCAUUCCAUUGGCAUUCCCCAAUGUUCAGGAUAUUAUAAAGUAUGCCGAGGUCAGUGGAAAGUUGACCCAUUCCUCCUCCCUGGGCUACAAUGGAGCGAUCCUUCAGGCUUUAGCUGUGCAUUAUGCCCUGCAAGGGGAGCAGAGUCGCGAUACUUUCCUGGAACACCUUCUGAGUCACAUGCAGGAAGUAGAAGCCGACGAGAAGUCCCGCGCUGAUGCAUUAGAAUUGGAGCUGGGAGAGUUUCCAUACUGUAAGAGGCUAAAGAAGAUUAAAGAGUUUUUAGAUAAAAAGAAUGUUUCACGGGAUGAUGUGGUGAAGGAACUAGGUCACGGCAUUGCUGCUCUGGAAUCUGUUCCCACUGCAAUUUACUCCUUCCUACACUGCAUGGAUCCAGUGGCUGAUCUUCCUCAAGAGUUCAACAGCCUGCAACGCACCAUUGUCUUUUGCAUCACACUAGGAGGAGACACGGAUACAAUUGCUACUAUGGCUGGAGCUAUUGCUGGUGCUUACCAUGGAGCUGAGCAGAUACCUCCGAUAUGGAAGCUCAACUCUGAGGGAUACAAAGAGGCAGAAAAUUGGGGUGAACAGUUGCAUCACUUGUACAAUUCUCGCCUUCCUUCUUGACUGACCAGCAUGGUCUAAUGACUGCACAGGGUGGAGAGCACAGACGCUGCAGGGGAAGGCAAGCAACUGCCGAUGUCGCAGUAACUACCGCUUGCAGCAAACUAGAGUUUUAAGAUGUGAACAUUAUUACAAUAGCUAUGCUAACAAAUUGUUUGUAUAUUUAGUAAUUUUCACUUAUAGAGAAAUAAUGUCCAGGUUUUGGACUACAGAAAGGAUGUGACGUUCCAAGGCAUUUUUGUGAAACUCUUUUCUUUUAUGACCUAAUGUUUAGACUGCUUGAAUACAAAGGAAGGUAUUUCUUAAAAUUAAUAAAUGCUGACCACUUUCCCAAAA